GCAUCUUCAGGAGGUACUGACCCGGGGUCCUAACACUCACUCACAUUUUCAAGAUGGCUGCCUCCAUCUCAGGAUUAUUAAAACCUUGGACACCAAGAGUGUUCUUGGUGAGGUGGAGCAGAUACAACCCUUACUAUCUUGAGCCAGAGGUCAGUAAGGAGGCCUACAGCCACACAGAGACGGAGCUGAGUGCUGAGGAGAAGGAGCAGCGGGAGAUCAAAAAGCUCCAACCCAUCAAGGCAGCACGCAAUUCAGUCACCAGCUCUGUUUUCGACGAUCCCGUCAUCAGUAAAUUCAUCAACAUGUUAAUGACGGAUGGAAAAAAGAUUGUGGCCAGAGAGAUCGUAACACUGACCCUGGAGACCAUAAAGAGGAAACAGGUGGGGAAAUACCACAAAGCUCCAGAAGGGAAGAAGGAAGAGAUAGAGUGUAACCCCUACGCCAUUUUUCACCAGGCUCUGGAGAACUGUAAGCCUAUCGUUGGGCUGACCAGCGUUCAGAAAGGUGGAAAGUACUACCAGGUGCCGGUCCCGCUUUCGUCCAACCGGCGUCGCCACAUCGCCAUGAAAUGGAUGAUCACAGAGUGCAGGGACAACAGAGACAAACAAAUCCGCAUGUAUGAAAAACUUUCCCAGGAACUACUGUCAGCCUAUGGGAACGACGGCAACGUCAUCAAGAAGAAGGUGGAACUGCACAAGAUGGCCGAAUCCAACAGAGCCUACGCUCACUACCGCUGGUUUUAGAACGAAACCCUUCUGGACUGAAAUGUAAAUGUUUUUUUUCGGAUUGACAGACGUGUGGAAGAUUCAAUGACACAUUUUGUUGAUUUUAUAAAUAGUGAACUCUGUGAGUAUCCUUUAUUGGAAGGACUACGCCGUGAAAUAUUAAAAAGGGUAACAUGGA